CACUCUGCACUCACCCCAUUCAUCGCACCAGGACAAUGUCGAAUCCACUACUAGACCUAUCCUCCAAGGACGAACUCAUCAGCAACCUGUUGAGCGGCAACAAGUCCUCGAAUAUUCCAAAUGACUCGCCUGCUGGAGAGCGUAAGACGUUCCGGGUCCAGUCUGACUUGCUCGCAAGAUUAGAGGAUUUUCUACCAAAAAUCAAGGAAGCAAAUGUUCAGCUGGAUCGAAAGCUUCAGGAAGACCCAAAGUCGGUCGAUAUUGAAGAUGUGGACGAGGAGAGCGGUGAACAGUACAUCGAGAUGGAUCUCGGCUUGGGCGUAUUUGAUCUGAAGAAGGAUGUGAAGGAGGAGGACAUCAUCAUUGACCCAAGCACCAUCAGAGCAGAAACCCCGGCAGUGAAGCCAGUAAUUGUCAUGAUGGACACGGACAAGGAUUCUGAAGAUGCGGGACCAAGUGACGAUGAAUUUGACAUGGUAGGGUUGGAGAAGGAGCAGCAAAUACUGGCAAAGAAAUCAGCCGGAGACGAGGAUAUCAACAUGUCGUCCUAGAUGGGCCUUCGGUAACAUUAUAUGGUCGUCACCCCUCAUCUUGCACUUUCGCUUUCACUCUAAUGUACAUUAUGUUUGCUAUCAUUAAAAAAAAAA